GGAUUGGCUGGCUCCUUGCGUGAAGACGCUGCGGCGCGGGGCGGGGCACACGAGCGGCGUCCGCGGGGCCUCGGCGGUCCGGCCGCCCCUGCCGUCGAGCCUCGUCUACCUCUCGCCUACCAGCGGAGAGCCUCGGGCCUCCGGAGGUCUCGCAGGCGCCUGGCGUCCGGCGGAGCCGCCUUUCCGCCGGGUGUUGGUGCGGGGAAGAUGGCGCCGGGUCCCCUGGGCGCCGGUGAGGAGCCGCUCCCGGCGUGCCGGCCCGGACCCCCCUCGCGGCUCCUGCUCCUCGCCCAGGCCCUGCUCCUGCUGCCCGCCGCCCGGGCCGGCCACUGCCCCGCGCCCUGCGCCUGCCGCCUGCCCUUGCUGGACUGCAGCCGCCGGAGGCCGCCCGUGCCCGGCUGGAGGGCUCUGUCGGGCCCGCUGCCCCCCGGCGCCGCCGGCCUGGAUUUGAGUCAUAAUGGAUUGUCUAAUUGGAACAUUAGCUUGGAGUCCGAAACACUGCAGGAAGUGAAAAUGAACUAUAACGAACUAACUGAAAUUCCUUAUUUUGGAGAAGCAACAACUAAUAUUACUCUACUUUCAUUAGUUCAUAACUUAAUCCCACAAAUAAAUGCAGAGGCAUUCCAGUUUUACCCUGCUCUUGAGAAUUUAGACCUCAGUUCCAAUAUAAUAUCAGAAAUCAAGACAUCUUCCUUUCCUCGAAUGCAGCUUAAAUACUUGAACUUGAGUAAUAAUAGAAUAACUAUUCUGGAGGCUGGUUGCUUUGAUAAUUUAUCAAGUUCCUUAUUAGUGGUAAAGUUAAAUCGGAACCGGAUUAGCAUGAUUCCACCUAAGAUCUUCAAGCUGCCUCACCUCCAGUUCUUGGAACUUAAAAGAAACCGGAUUAAAAUUGUAGAAGGCCUCACAUUCCAAGGGCUUGAUUCUUUAAGGUCUUUGAAAAUGCAGCGCAAUGGAAUUAGCAAACUUAAGGAUGGAGCAUUUUUUGGUUUGAAUAACAUGGAAGAACUAGAAUUAGAACAUAAUAACCUUACGGGAGUGAACAAAGGUUGGCUAUAUGGCUUGCGAAUGUUACAACAGCUAUAUGUGAGCCAGAAUGCUAUUGAAAGAAUCAGCCCUGAUGCAUGGGAGUUCUGCCAAAGACUGUCUGAGCUCGAUUUGUCCUAUAACCAGCUGACCCGUCUUGAAGAAUCUGCCUUUGUGGGUUUGAGCUUACUGGAGAAAUUGAAUUUGGGUGACAACAGAGUCACUCACAUUGCUGAUGGUGCAUUUAGAUUUCUUUCUAACCUUCAGACACUAGACUUAAGAAACAAUGAAAUUUCGUGGGCCAUAGAAGAUGCUAGUGAAGCCUUUGCUGGACUCACAAGUCUCACUAAAUUAAUCUUGCAAGGAAAUCAGAUUAAGUCAAUUACAAAGAAAGCAUUUAUUGGCCUUGAGUCCCUUGAGCAUUUAGAUUUGAACAACAAUGCUAUAAUGUCUAUCCAAGAAAGUGCUUUUUCUCAGACUCCCUUGAAAGAACUUGUUCUGAACACAAGCAGCUUGCUCUGUGAUUGUCAUUUGAAAUGGUUGCUUCAGUGGCUGGUUGAUAAUAACUUCUGCCAUUCUGUAAACGUGAGCUGUGCACACCCAGAAUGGCUUGCUGGGCAAAACAUCCUAAAAGUGGACCUGAAAGAUUUUGUCUGUGAUGAUUUUCUCAAGCCACAGAUAAGAACGCAUCCUGAAACCACCAUUGCCUUAAGGGGCAUGAACGUGACCCUGACAUGCACCGCGGUGAGCAGCAGCGACUCACCCAUGUCCAUUGUGUGGCGCAAGGACGGUGAGGUCCUGUGUGAUGUGGACGUGGAGAAUUUUGUGCGCUACCAGCGGCAGGUUGGAGAAGCUCUGGAGUACACUAGCAUCCUGCAUCUUCUCAGUGUGAACUUCACCGACGAAGGAAGAUACCAGUGUAUUGUUACGAAUCACUUUGGUUCCAAUUAUUCUCAGAAAGCCAAACUGACUGUAAAUGAGAUGCCAUCUUUUCUGAAAACUCCAAUGGACUUAACUAUUCGCACUGGUGCCAUGGCCAGAUUAGAGUGUGCUGCCGAGGGGCACCCUGCACCUCAGAUUUCCUGGCAGAAAGAUGGUGGCACUGACUUCCCUGCAGCCCGAGAAAGACGAAUGCAUGUCAUGCCUGAGGAUGAUGUCUUCUUCAUUGCCAAUGUGAAGAUAGAAGACAUGGGCAUCUACAGCUGCAUGGCACAAAACAUAGCUGGAGGCCUCUCAGCAAAUGCUUCGCUAACAGUGCUAGAAACACCUUCAUUUAUUCGCCCUCUGGAGGACAAGACAGUAACCCGAGGUGAAACAGCGGUAUUACAGUGCAUAGCUGGAGGGAGCCCAGCCCCUCGCCUCAAUUGGACUAAAGAUGAUGGGCCAUUGCUGGUUACAGAGCGACACUUCUUUGCCGCAGCCAACCAGCUUCUCAUCAUUGUAGAUGCUGGGCAAGAGGAUGCUGGGAAAUACACCUGCAUUAUGUCUAACACCCUUGGGACGGAACGUGGCCAUAUUUACCUAAAUGUCAUUUCAUCCCUCAAUUGUGACUCUUCUCAGAGCAGCUUUGGGCAUGAAGAUGAUGGCUGGACCACAGUCGGCAUUGUCAUCAUUGUUGUGGUCUGCUGUGUGGUGGGCACCUCUUUGAUCUGGGUCAUUGUUAUUUACCACAUGAGAAGGAAGAAUGAAGACUAUAGUAUCACAAACACAGAGGAACUCACUUUGCCUGCAGACAUUCCCAGCUACCUGUCUUCCCAAGGAACACUGUCUGAGCCCCAGGAAGGCUACAGCAACUCUGAGGCGGGCAGCCACCAGCAGCUCAUGCCUCCCGCCAGUGGAUUUGUACACAAGAGCACUGACAGUGGCCCUGGUACCCGGGUGAUCUGCUCAGAUUGUUACGACAAUGCCAACAUCUACUCAAGGAACCGGGAAUACUGUCCAUACUCCUUCAUUGCUGAGGAGGAUGUUCUGGAUCACACACUCGCCAGCCUCAUGGUCCAGAUGCCCAAGGAGACAUUUUUGUCACUUCCUCCUCGAGAUGCCACUGCCCUGGAGGGCCUAAUGCCAUCCGUAGACAGAGAGCAGGCUGCCUUCCCCACCAAUCAUGAGAGGAUGAACGAGAAGACACUUCCCUCCACGCAGAUGAGCAGUGAACCAUCGCCGCGACCUCUGUGGAACAUAAGCAGAGAACUAGGUCUGCCUUCUCUCCCCCAGAAGCCACCCCUGCAUUCCCCACAGCCUCGCCCAAAGGAGGGCCUGGCAGAGAGGGCUUCAGACUGUUCAUCCUCUGUGGCUCCCCACAGGUUACAUGACCGCGCUUUUGAUUUUAGUAGGACUCGAACCAUUCAAGAUGGUUGUGAGGGCACUUGAAGCCCUCUCCAGGAGGAGAUUGGGUAGAAACUCAAGCUCAUUUUGUAUUUACUACCUCCAAGUUCAGCAGGGACCCCCAAGGUCAGCACUUGUCUUACCCUUGGUUUCUGACCACGCAAGUUUGGCCUGGCUACUGUGGGUGCUGACUCCUGACCAAGAAAGGGGAAGGGCUAGCGGAUACAUGGGGUCCAAGAGGACUAUUGGAGCAAAUGUGCUUCCUGGUGGUUCACAGGGUGUGCCCAGCUGUGCGGGGCCUACCAGAGAGCGCCUCGUUGCUGGAUCGGCGGUCCCAGCUCGCUCUCAGAGGGUCCCGGGAGAGCAGCUCUGCCUUGAUGUGCUCUUUGCCUUCCAAAAAACAAAAAUAAUUCCAGAGUCCUCUGAGAGAGUGUGCCUGGAUUUGUUGAGUGGUUUUUAAGCAGACAAUUGAGAACAGGGCUUUGAUAUUCAAGGUCUGCAGCAAGAAUUCCAGGUUUGACCAAUUGAUACCAGGUCAAAGGUUUUGUAUUCUUGUGAAUUGCUUUUUGUCUCUAUUGCCUAGGGAUGUUAUUGUAAAUAUAUGUGCAUUUAUAAAUAAUUUUUUUAUUCAUUGGCCUUAUGUGUUAGCUGCAAUGUAAAUACUUUUGAUAUGCCAAAAUUACCACAUCUAGUUAUAUUGACAUCAGCUUCUCAGAUCACAGACACUUUGUAAAACAUGAGUUCUAAAAACAUUGAGAAAUAUGUGUUCAGAGACAAGCGUACUUGGUGUUACUAGCUGCUUUGUCCAUGGCUAAGGCUCACAUGUGCUGUCAUUUUCCGUCUGUUGACAAGCGCCUGUAAUCCUCCCUUUCUUGCAUACAAAGCCUCGCCCUUUCCAAGCCUGGCAGCCUUGUCACAAGAGAGUCAGCAUAGAAUGCCAGUGUGGAGACAGUCCUUUCAGCAAAGGACUUCCUGUGACAAAGAUACCAAAGACUCACCUCCUUUCUGUGUUUCUCUUGUUUCUUGUCUUCUGAUGGGCAGACAUCUUGGGAAGGGAAAAAUGCUCUAGGGAAGAGAGGAAUAUACAGAAAUCCCUACCUGUACCAGAAAGCUUGGGAGUGGCCCUUGUUUUAUACAACUGAUUGUAUAAGCCACAAAGUUUUUUUGAAUUUCUGGUAGCAAAGAGCUUUAUGUAACUUAUCACUAAUGAAGUAGAAUGUAUUAACGUUCUUUCUUUGUGCUUUCAGAUUUCCCCACACAGGCUGAUGUUCAGUUCUGUUCUCUAAAUCGAACAUUAGUUACUAGAUAACUGCAGUCUCUUAAAUAUAAACACGUAUUUGUAAGUCUUUGUGCAUUUUUAGGGUUUUAAGCUCACAUAAUUUCUCAGCUUUUUGUCAAAGGGUUUAGCUGGAUUUCAUACUUACAUUUAAUCAUGAGGUUUUUCUCCAUGGACAUCAGUACUUCUUUGGCUAUUAAUCCUGCUGCAUUCUUUUUGUCAUCUUUAAACUGUCAGCUUCUGUCCAUUUUUGUUUGUUUUUUGGUUUUGUCAGUCCUGGGCCUGAGUGAGCACUGUCCCUGGCU